AUGCCAGUCAAAGCAGUUAGCAACCAACUGCAAUCCCAGAAGGCUAAAGAUAAAGCGUGCCACACACCUCCGGGCGGAGGCGAUAGCCGCAAGUUGCACCUAGACAAUGCCGUGGCGGAGAUGGCUGAGGAGGCCACGGAGCCCGCCGAGGCGGACAUCACGGGGCUGUGCCAGGACAUGUUCUCCAAAAUGGCCACGUACCUAACUGGCGAGCUGACAGCCACCAGUGAAGACUAUAAACUUCUGGAAAAUAUGAACAAACUGACUAGCUUGAAGUAUCUAGAAAUGAAAGAUGUUGCAGUAAACCUAAGUGGAAACCUAAAGGACUUAAACCAGAGAUAUGCGGCCCUUCAGCCUUGUCUGGAUCAGAUCACUUUAAGUGAGGAGCAAGCAGCAGCUCUGGAGCAGGCAGCUUACACGUUGGAUGCGUAUUCAAAGAAACUAGAAGCAAAGUACAGGAAGCUAGAGAGGCGAUGA